AUGGCGGGCGCGGGAGUGGCGAGCGCCGGAGUCGGCGCGGCGAGCGCGGCGAGCGCUGGACGGCUCCCCUCGCCGGGGAAAGCACCUCCAAGCACGCCAGGUCAGGAGGUGCUGGAGCUUCCCGAGUCCCCGGAGCUCGCUCUGCAGACGGCUGGGCGCAUUGCCCCGCUGCCCGCGGAGGAAGCUGCGGAAGCCACUCAGUUCCGCUUUGCUUUAGAGCAAGACGAUCCUUACGAGCGUUUCAUCAAACAGCAGCUGGCCUUGUUGGACGAUGAUCUGCGGAAGCUUCAGUUGGAAGAGCCCUUGGUCCAGGAGCAGCUAAAGGCCUUGGAGGCGCAGCUCCGUUCCAGGAAGCCUCCUUCGGCCCAGGACUCCGGGACGGCCGGUCCAACUCCGCGUGGGCCACGGCGGUUGGGCCAGAUGUCCCCCAAGCAGAUGAGCCCACGCGCCGCUGCUGCCAAUCGCCGAACUGAAGGUGAGGCACGGAGCUUGGCCUUGGAACGUCGGGUGCAACAGCUCAUUGAGCGCCGUGAGCAGCGCGAGAAGUCCCAGAAAGUCACGCCGCCCGCAUCCCAGACAGCCACACCGCGGACGCAACGGGACGUCCUUGGGCGUAGCCAGCACAGCGGCAGUCCAGUGCCGGGCCGCACUGGGGCGGUCUUUGUGCCGCUGGAGGGGCAAAUGUACUUGGAGGGUCCGCAGAGUGUGCUCCACGGCCCGGAAAGUGCACGCUUCCACCUGGACCCCGCUUCCGCGGUGCUGACCGCGCGCCAUUGGAGCCCGGGCCACUGGCGCCCGGAGGUCUCACGCUUCGACCUGGACCCGGUGACCAAUCGCGAGUGGCCGGUGGUAGGCGCAAGCGGAUUCGCGGGAGACCUGCGGGGCGUGCAGGGGCCCUGA